AAAGAGCUCUCACUCACGUCACGUUGAGCAGUUCUUCAGCCCAUACAUGGGCCACUCAGUUCAGUUCAAGCCGUCCAUUCUAGACGGAUCUCCCACGGCGCCACUGUUUGCCAUCAUCAGUGCGUCCACCGUCUUCCUCGGCCGUCGUCCUCCUUUCUCCACUGCAGGCCUUCGUCAUCGCCUUCCGCACGGUCAAGCCAGCCUCCUCCGUCCACAUACAUGCCGGCCAUCAUCAUCAACAGCCACACCAUUCUCUACCGCACCCAGCCGCGGAUCCGCUACAUACCAUCGCCAAUCCAGAGGCGCCGAAACUUGCUGUCCCCUAGAGGAUCCAAUACUUGCUGUCCCCAACAUCUCUCUCCAUCUCUCUCCACAACAGACCACAGUCAUCCUCUCUGGCGUCAACUUUUCCACCGCCUUCGUCCCCCUCAGAUUUCGUCUCCUUUCAGGCGCCUUCUCCGGUUGUCAAAGCCCACCACCGGCGCGAGCAGCGUUUCCGUACACCUCCGACUUCAAACGGCGUGUUCCGGCGUCCUAUCAGACGGAUGGACGUGGUAGGAGGCUAGGAGAUGCGUUUGCUGG